UGUGCCUACAUGCGGCCAAAUGCCCACGGGAAUCACUCCUGGCCAGAGUCCCUGGAGCCCGAGGAGGCAGAGCCCAAGGCACCGGCCCAGGAGGCAGAGGAGGCUCCUGCAGAAACACCUGAAGUCCAGACAGAGGCGUCUGACGAGGAGUCUGAUGAAGAGCUGGAGGCGUGGGCACCUCCAGAGGUCCUGCCACCUCCAUCAGCCUCUCCGGUGGCAGCUGUGGAGCCGGGGCCGGCCUGGGAGGCACCUGCAGACAUGACUGAGGCCCCACCACCCCUGGAUGAGGAGCCCUCCCUGGAACCUGCCCAGGGUCCUGCCUCAGAGGAGGAGCUGCCUCCUGAAAGCCCAGCAGCGCCAGCUCCAGAGCCGCAGGCUGAGACCGCUCGCCGUCUCCCCUCAGAAAAACUGGUGCUACCUCCCCUCGUUGACCUUUUCCUUCUAUUUUCCUUCCUUUUUAUGUUUCACUUUUCUUCAUGGGGUUAUUCAAUUGUUUAUUUUUUAAUUGUUAUUAUUCAGAGUAUUUUGGGGUCUUUUUGUUUUUCUCUAUUCUUCUUUCUUCUUUUAUGCUUUGUUUCUCCCUGGGGUGAUUCAACUUCAUAA